CCUCGCCGUCCGUCCGUCUGGGGCGCAGUGGGUCGGGCGCAGCAGCGAUGGCGGAGGGAGGCGAAGGCGAGGAGCUGCUCCGUCCGCCGCUGCCCUCGGCGGGGGGCUCCCCGGGGCCGAAGCGCCUCUGCUCCCGCGGGGUGGCGCUCCUGGUGGAGGAGGCGGCGGCGGUGGAGGCGGCGGCGGCCCCGCCACGGCCUGCCCCGGGCGCCCCCUCUUCCGCCGCCGCCCCGGCCCCCUCGCGGCCCCUCCUGCAGCCCGAGUCCCUGCUCGACGCGGCGGCCAAGCGGGUGGCCGGCAGCUGGGCCUUCGAGCGGGUCGAGGGCCGCUUCCAGCGCAUCCCGGAGCCCGUCCAGCGCCGCAUCGUCUACUGGAGCUUCCCCCGCAGCGAGAGGGAGAUCUGCAUGUACUCCAGCUUCCAAGCCGGCCGGCAAGGCGCGGCGGGGAGCGGCGGCGCGGCGGCGGCGGCGGGGGGCGGCGGCGGGGCCGGGGAAGAAGGGGUCGCCGCCGCUGUGGGCACCGGGGGGGCCGCCAACCCCGCCCCCGUCCCCACGCCCGCCGCCGCCGCUCAGGUCCCCGGGCCCGCCGCCCCCGGCCUCCCCUCCGAAGGGCUGCCCUUCCGCAGAGGGAUACGGCUCCUGGAGGCCGGCGCCGUGGAGAACGUCCUGCAAGUCGGAUUCCACCUGAGUGGCACCGUCACGGAGCCCGCCACUGCAACAGAACCGGAAAUGACCUACAGGGUGGCCAUCAGCUUCGACCGGUGCAAAAUAACUUCUGUGACAUGUGGUUGUGGGAACAAGGACAUUUUUUACUGCGCCCAUGUUGUGGCGCUUUCGCUGUACAGGAUCCGCAAGCCUGAUCAGGUCAAACUCCGUCUUCCUAUCUCAGAGACCCUCUUCCAAAUGAACAGGGACCAGCUCCAAAAGUUUGUUCAGUAUUUGAUCACCGCACACCACACUGAAGUGCUUCCGACUGCCCAAAAGCUUGCUGAUGAAAUUUUGUCCUCCAACUCAGAAAUCAACCAAGUGCAUGGUGCUCCGGAUCCCACUGCAGGGGCCAGCAUUGAUGAUGAGAAUUGCUGGCAUUUGGAUGAGGAGCAGGUUCGAGAGCAGGUGAAACUGUUCCUCUCCCAAGGAGGAUACUAUGGCUCUGGGAAACAACUCAAUUCCAUGUUUGCCAAGGUUCGUGAAAUGCUGCGCAUGAGAGAUUCCAAUGGAGCCAGGAUGUUGACGCUAAUCACCGAACAGUUUAUGGCAGACCCACGGCUGACUUUGUGGAGACAGCAGGGGACAGGCAUGACAGACAAAUGCCGACAGCUCUGGGAUGAAUUGGGCGCCUUGUGGGUAUGUGUUGUGUUGAAUCCACACUGCACUCUCGAAGAGAAGUCAUGCUGGCUGCGACAGCUACGAAAGUGGGGAGACAUGGAGGUGUGCCCGCUUGAGGAUGGGAAUUAUGGCAAUGAACUUCCCAACAUCACUAGUGCAUUGACGCAGAACUCCAGUCACAGGCAAAGCUCUUUGGUAAGGCCAAGACGCACGGUGUUUACUCGUUCCAUUGAGGGAUGUGACCUGCAUUGGCAGGACAGCCAUCUCCAGAGGAUAAUCAGCAGUGACUUUUAUAUCUCUCCCUCUUACCAAAGGGAGGGAGAGGGACUUCUUUUCAACUCGCAAGGACAGCCAUUGUGGCUGGAACAUGUCCCUACAGCUUGUGCUCGCGUAGAUGCUCUUCGUUCUCAUGGAUACCCCAAGGAAGCACUCCGGUUGACUGUGGCUAUCAUCAACACUCUGAGGUUGCAACAGCAGAGACAACUGGAAAUCUACAAGCAUCAGAAGAAAGAACUGUUGCAGAGAGGAGCAACCACCAUCACCAAUCUGGAAAGCUGGGUAGGGCAUCCCCUCAAUCCCAUUGGCUGCUUGUUUCUCACUCUAACAGAAGCGUGUCGAGUAGAGGAUGAAAACUGCCUUGAAAUUUCGGAUGCUGGUGACUCGAAGCCUCCAGUGUAUCAGCAUAUGCCUGUGGCCAACUGUAACCCUGAGAGUGGGGAAUCCUACCUGUCCUUGGCUUUGGAGGUGGCACUGAUGGGAAUGGGACAGCAACGGGUGAUGCCGGAGGGCCUUUAUGCUCAAGAUAAAGUAUGGCGGAAUGAGGAGCAGAUCAUUGGCCGCUUGCAGGAGCUGGAGCUGGACGCUGUUCUAGUGCAGACUCUCCGCAAGCAAUGCAUCUUGCUCCUGGAAGGUGGUCCCUUCAGUGGCCUUGGUGAAGUGAUCCAUCGUGAAAGCGUGCCCAUGCACACCUUUGCCAAGUACCUGUUUUCUGCUUUGCUGCCCCAUGACGCUGACCUGGCCUACAAACUGGCCCUGCGCUCAAUGAGGCUGCCCGUUCUUGAGACAACCUCCUCAGGUGAUGUUACGCACCCUCACCAUAUUGUUUCAGUGGUGCCUAGCAGGUACCCACGCUGGUUUACUCUGGGGCACUUGGAAUCACAGCAGUGUGAACUUGCCUCCACUAUGCUGACAGCAGCCAAAGGCGACAUGUUACGUCUACGGACUGUCCUGGAAGCUAUUCAGAAGAACAUCCACUCCUCCUCCCUGAUCUUCAAACUGGCCCAGGAUGCUUUUAAGAUUGCCACACCUGCUGACAACAGCUCAGACACAACCCUGCUGAAUGUAGCUCUGGAGCUGGGACUACAGGUGAUGCGCAUGACUCUGUCAACCUUAAACUGGAGACGGAGGGAGAUGGUGCGGUGGCUGGUGACCUGCGCAACAGAAGUGGGUGUCCGGGCCUUGGUCAGCAUCUUGCAAAGCUGGUAUACCCUCUUUACUCCCACCGAAGCCACCAGCAUAGUAGCAGCAACAGUGAUGUCCCACAACACCAUCUUACGCCUCAGCCUGGACUACCCACAGCGAGAAGAAUUGGCAAGUUGUGCCCGCACUCUGGCCCUCCAGUGUGCCAUGAAGGAUCCUCAGAACUGUGCGCUCUCUGCUCUGACCCUGUGUGAGAAGGACCACAUCGCCUUUGAGACUGCCUACCAAAUAGUUAUAGACGCUGCUUCCACAGGUAUGACUUACUCACAACUUUUUACCAUUGCACGGUACAUGGAGCACCGUGGGUACCCGCUACGGGCCUUCAAGUUGGCUUCACUUGCCAUGACACACCUCAACCUUGCCUAUAACCAGGACACACACCCUGCCAUCAAUGAUGUGCUGUGGGCAUGUGCGCUCAGCCACUCCCUGGGCAAGAAUGAGCUGGCAGCCAUUAUUCCACUGGUGGUGAAGAGUGUGCACUGUGCCACAGUGCUGUCCGACAUCCUGCGACGCUGCACCAUGACCGCCCCAGGCCUUGCUGGCAUUCCUGGCCGCAGGAACUCUGGGAAACUGAUGUCAACAGACAAAGCACCGUUGCGCCAGCUGCUGGAUGCUACAAUAAGUGCUUACAUCAACACCACUCACUCGCGGCUCACCCACAUCAGCCCUCGGCAUUAUGGGGAAUUCAUCGAGUUUCUCAGCAAAGCUAGGGAAACUUUCCUGCUGGCUCAGGACGGCCACAUUCAAUUUGCGCAGUUCAUAGACAAUCUCAAGCAGAUCUACAAGGGGAAGAAGAAACUAAUGUUGCUAGUGAGAGAACGAUUUGGAUGAGGAAGAAGAAAACCCUGAUCAUAGUUGGUGAAAUCAUUCUUAUGGGGCAAGAGGAUCCCCAAAGUCUUUGAGGAACACAUACCAAAAGCAACACAGCUGGAAAGGUUUGCUUCCCACCCACAACUCACUCACAAACACCUCGGCAAUACCAAAAGCUAACCUGAAAGUUGAAUACCUCUUUCCCAAAGGGCAAGCUGGAUGGAGGCUGAAAAGCAAGCCACUGCAAAGGAGACAAGGAACUAUAUUGUUCAGCCUCUUGUGUUGCCAGCUGGUGGCCUUGUGAGGUGUACAACCUGCCAAGACUGGCAAAAAAAAUCACAAUUUUUUGUGUGUAUGUACAAGUGAAGACCCUUAAUUAAAAACCUAACAUUAACUGUUCUCAGGGAGUGCUUUACUAAAAGUAACAGAAGCAUUUAUGAUACUGUAAAUACAAUAGUAUAUGUGUCAAUUAUUAAAUUGUAAAGUUCUAAUUAUUUAUAAUUAUUCUCUUUUUGUUUGGGGGAAUACUUGAAAUGUGUUGUGGGCUGAUAUAUAUAUAUAUAUUUCUUUUUUUCUUGUUAAGCAUUUCUGAACAUGAGAAAUGUGAACAUUUCUCAGGUUUUUUUCCCCCAGCACCGUCGGCAAAGAAGGGGACGGGUGGGUGGUAUCUGGCAAAUGGCCAUAAAUCCAGAGCUUAUGCAGAACUGCCAGGAUGCAGCAGACUUGGAAGAGAGACCAAGCCAGCACCGGCAAAGCCAGAGGCACCUCUUCAGCGUAUCAAGACUGUCAAGGUGCAGACUUGGCCCACUGGCAGAAUCAACUGUAAUUCUCUUCCUGUGUCUGCUGGUUUGUACUGUGGUUCCAAGUAUGGAGUACAAUGAUCCCAGGAAGUCAAGUAUCUAUCUGUGAAACAGUUGGGCACAUAGUGUAAAUAAUCUAUUUUGGCCUUUCUCAAUGUGCGGAUGGAUGAAUGGAUGCGUGUAAGACUUGCAUACCUCUCAACAUGCACGUGGAAAGGGUUCUAUCCUUUCUUUAUGCAGGUGGGGAGCAGGAAACCCAUUCCCAUUUGCUUAUGGCUGCAUUUUCAGUUCCAUUGGUCAGUUGUUGCCUUUGGCUGCAACUGCAAAGGCUGGUGCCCUCCUGAGGACAGCUUCCCCUUCCACUCCCCAUCACUGUUUACCAGUAAUCUUAUUUUUUAAAAAUAAGAUCUUCCAGUGAAAUGAAGGGAAUGUUGCAGGAGGCAAGCAGCUCUUCCUUAUUCCAGUUGUCUUUGUGUUUCCUGCUCCGAUGUGUCCUAGUUUUAAAAGGAGCCGGGAAGGACUUGGGUAGUGGGCGGGCAGGGAUUGGGAUGACAUGUAGUUUAGGAAAUGUGGAUUAAAGUUACCUACUGUCUAACUCCCUUUUUUUUUAAGAAUCCUAAGAAACUGGUCUCAAGGCCAGGCAAAUCCAGUUCACCCAGUAUUUGUUGCCAUAGAAGUAUCAUUCUUCACGUCUUGACUCCUUACUUAAUUUUGUGUGUACAACUUCUUGACAUGUUUAAUAAAAAAGGAAGAAAGAUGUC